AUGCCUCGUCGCGCUGCGAGUUCUUCCGUCAACAACCCCUCCAACGCUCCCUCUUCAUCUCCCGCCUCCGCAAAGGGUGGUAUCGCCAUCAAGGCGUCCGCCGUCAAACCUAAUCGCCUAAGCCAGCUAUUUUCGACCUCUCCUAAGCCCAAGGCCGAAUCUCAGACUGCGCAGGCCGCUGUCCAAUCGGCCAGUGGAAUCCUGAACUCUAGUACUGCCACUCCACCCAUCAGUUCGGCCUCUUUGUCGCUGCCUACAAUUUCUCUCUCCACUGCCACUGCAGAUAACCCGAACAUGGACGAACCACCGACCACACUCUUUCAGCCGCCUUCGCCCGAAGAGGCCCGUCGCCUGGCUAAGCAACAUGCUCAAUUCGGACCCAUCGGCCACCAUAGCCACAGGUACACCAGCCAGCACCCCGGUGGUACAUUCCCGGAGCCUGUGAUGGACGAACCUCCGUAUUAUUACCUCCUCACCACUUAUAUCAGUUAUCUUAUCCUAAUCGCUUUCGGUCACGUGCGAGACUUCUUCGGAAAGCGCUUCCGCGAAGAGAACUAUCGGCAUCUAAAGCCCCAGAAUGGAUACGGCGCCCUGAACAGUGACUUCGACAACUUCUACGUGCGUCGCCUCAAAUUGCGGAUUAACGAUUGCUUUGAACGUCCUGUUACUGGAGUUCCUGGUCGCUAUAUCACGCUGAUCGAUCGGGCCACGGAUGACCACAACAAGCACUUCUACUUCACCGGAACGACCACUGACACCUUGAACCUGAGCUCAUACAACUACCUAGGUUUUGCUCAAUCUGAAGGCCCCUGUGCGGACAUUGCUGAGGAUUCGAUCAGAAAGUAUGGUAUCGUUUCCCCCAGUACUCGCGCUGAGGUGGGAUCGCAGGAUCUUCAUGUGGAAGUAGAGGACUUGGUCGCCAAGUUUGUUGGCAAAGAGGCUUCUAUGGUCUUCUCCAUGGGAUUUGGCACCAACGCGAACAUCUUCCCUGCUUUAGUCAACAAGGGCUGCCUUAUCAUUUCCGACGAGCUAAACCAUGCCUCGAUUCGGUUUGGUGCACGUCUUUCGGGUGCUUCCAUUGCUAUGUUCAAGCACAAUGACAUGCGGGAUCUAGAAUCAAAACUGCGCGAAGCUAUCAGCCAGGGUCAACCCCGUACGCAUCGGCCGUGGAAGAAGAUCUUGGUUGUCGUUGAAGGGCUCUAUUCCAUGGAAGGUUCUAUGUGCAACCUCCCUGGACUGGUCAUGCUGAAGAGGCGUUACAAGUUUCACCUGUUCGUUGAUGAGGCCCAUUCCAUUGGUGCCAUUGGUCCUAAGGGUCGUGGUGUCUGUGACUAUUUCGGAAUCGACACCAGCGAAGUUGACAUUCUCAUGGGAACUCUCACAAAGUCUUUUGGUGCCAACGGUGGAUACAUCGCUGCGGAUAAGGCGAUGAUUGAUGUGCUUAGAGCGACCAACUCCGGUGUUUUCUAUGGCGAGGCUCCUGCUCCGGCAGUUUUGGCCCAAAUCAUGUCGGCGUUGCGGAUCAUCAACGGCGAACUCAUCCCCGGUCAGGGUGAAGAGCGACUGCAGCGUUUGGCCUUCAACUCGCGGUAUCUCCGCCUGGGCUUGAAGCGUCUUGGCUUUAUAGUGUACGGCCACGAUGAUUCGCCGAUCAUACCUGUUCUGCUUUUCAACCCUGCUAAGAUGCCAGCCUUUUCCCACGAAAUGCUGAAGCGGAAAAUCUCGGUCGUUGUCGUGGGUUAUCCUGCUACGCCGCUGGUAUCUUCUCGGGCCCGCUUUUGCGUCUCUGCUGCACACACCAAGGAAGAUCUUGACCGCAUCUUGACGGCUUGCGACGAAAUCGGCAAUGUCCUGCAGCUCAAAUUCUCGACAGGCAUCGCGGGUGGUGCCCUGCCGGAGGAUGCGAUGCCCCCUCCGGAGAAGGAGAAAGAGUUGCGUCGCAAGCGCAACUCCAAGAUCAUUCCUCCUAGAUGGCAGAUUGAGGAUGUGAUCAGACGAGGCGUUCAAGAUGUCAAGGCGCCACUUUAUUAG